GUGAUCCAUUCCGGUCGUCGCUGCACUGGGUGCCGCCUUGAGCGUCGCGAUAAGUGCCCCGAGGCCGCGCGAGCGCAUCCUCUGCUUCUUCUGCUGCGAUCAGUGGGGAUACGCUCUCGGGUUUAAUUGAAUUUAUUCGCCAGAUGGCUUGCAAAACGCGCGACGAAUGGCCAAUUGUGGUACCGGGUUUGCUUUAAGUUGAUAAGCGUCGUGAUCGUUACCCAUCGUGCCAGGCCAGGUCCGGGGAGUGGAUGAUGUGGGUGUGUCGUUAGUCUCGCACUUGCAGAUGGAAUCAAUAUUUGGCUGCUGCCUAUGCCAUCUACAAGAGUUUAGCAUCCAGAACCUUAACUUCUAGCGUUGGCUAACACAUCAUCAGCCGGAACUACCCGGAAUGACAACCUCCGACCGUGGGGAGAGCGAGCGAGCGAGCGACACCCCAUCCGUAACGAUAAUUCCCGACCAAUUUCCAUGCCAAGCCGGAAACGAUUGUGUCGAUUGCUGCUGCUGCUGCCUGUAGACCUUGAGCUCAUUUCCCAAGACGCAGUCAGCAUUUUAACCCGAUACAUUCUCACGCGCGGAUAUAAAACGGACCCAGCCCUGCCAACCCACGGCCAGUGGGCAGCGAACGGUGACUAGCGGUGACGAUAUAUCUGCACCAUGCAAACGCUACUCGUAUCGAUUUCCCUGUUUGUGAUGACGCACGGUGCGUACGUGGUGCGGACGUUUGCCGACGCCACCGCGUACCGGGACGAGUGCGUGCAGCAGUACGCCGGGCGGGGCAGCUCGCUGAUCGACUACAUGCGCCAGGUGGCGCUGCACACGGACGACGCGGACAGCCGGUGGUGCAUCGUGCGCUGCAUCCUGCAGAAGGCGGACCUGCUGGACGGCGAGGGCGCCCCGCACGAGGCGAACGUGCACGCCCAGAUGCAGCACAGCAACGCGAUCGUGGAGGACCCGGACGACAUCCGCAGCGAGACGAGCCGGUGUCUGCGCGAGCCGCCCGCGCCCGACAGCGGCGGCGGGUGCCUGCGGGCGUACACGUUCUUCGCCUGCAUCCAGAGCACCGAGUAUGACUUAUUUUGACGACCCGGGUCCCCGGCUGGUCCCAAAACAUGUUUGCUCUAUUGCUACCGCCCAUUUUCGGUGUCGCAUGUAGUUUAGCCUUAAGUGUCUUCAAUAAACACCGUAAGCCCCAAACCCAAAAGAAUGGUGGCGAAAGCGAA